AUGGCUUUUACCUUGGAGGAGAGGCAACAGUUGAAUAUUCAUGGAUUAUUGCCACCUUGUUUUCUUGGUCAAGAUGCCCAGGUUUAUAGUAUUCUUCAGAAUUUUGAAAGGCUGACAUGUGACCUAGAUAGAUAUAUUCUACUAAUGAGUCUUCAGGAUCGAAAUGAAAAGCUUUUCUAUAAAGUGCUGACUUCGGACAUUGAAAGGUUCAUGCCUAUUGUUUAUACUCCCACCGUGGGACUGGCUUGCCAACAAUAUGGUUUAGCAUUUCGGAGGCCAAGAGGUCUUUUUAUUACUAUCCAUGACCGGGGACACAUCCCUCCAAUGCUUAAAUCCUGGCCAGAAAAUGUCAUCAAGGCUAUUGUGGUGACAGAUGGAGAACGUAUUCUUGGUCUUGGAGACCUUGGCUGUUAUGGAAUGGGCAUUCCAGUUGGUAAACUGGCACUUUAUACGGCAUGCGGAGGAGUAAAACCUUACGAGUGCCUACCAGUGAUGUUGGAUGUGGGAACAGAUAAUGAGAUGUUGCUGAAAGAUCCUUUGUAUAUUGGGCUGAGACACAAGAGAGUCAGAGGUCAAGCCUAUGAUGAUCUUCUUGAUGAAUUCAUGGAAGCUGUAACUUCAAGGUAUGGCAUGAACUGCCUUAUUCAAUUUGAGGAUUUUGCUAAUGCUAAUGCAUUCCGCCUCCUGAAUAAGUACCGUAACAAGUAUUGCACUUUCAAUGAUGACAUUCAAG